UAGAUAUGACAAAUGCUCAACUUCAGAAUUACUUGCUAUGAGAAGUCAUAAACGUAAGCAAAAAUGAAGUCCAAUCCACGAAGUACUUGGUGGAUGAAUCGCUGGAAGGUUUUUUCAGCAUAAAGCUGCAUGUACACUGCAACGAAAAAGAAAAGCGAACCGAAGCGAACAGGGGCGAGCUGAAGCGAGCGAAGCACUCCAACUACAGAACAAUGAAUUGCAGGGACCUACAAAUCCCAAGAAAUAACCUUUAAUACGUCAAGAAAGGCUUUCACUAUUCGGCUGUGAAAGCCUAGAACGAUAUUCCCAUCAAUAUCAGAGAGCUCUCUACAGUUGGUAAAUUCAAGAAGCCAUUGAAAAGUUAUUAUACGAGCUGAACACUACAUAAAACACGACUCCCUGAAAGAGCAGCUGCUAUAUGAUAGAUUACUGUGCAUAAUUUAGCUUUAACUGUAUAUAAAUUAUAUAAAUGCAACUAGGGUAUUUAUUUUCUUAUUUGGUAUUUAUUUGUAAGCUGAAGGGAUUUUUGUGUAUAAAGAAUUUUAAAAUGAAAAUGAAACAAGAUGCAGCGUGCGGAAAAUCGCGAAUCAAACAGUUUUGCAGAGUGAAUAUUGAUGACGCAGUUGCUGAUUUAAAGCAAAGUUUGAAACAAACACGAUUUUGGGUUCACGAAAUGAAAAGAGGCACGACUCGAUUUUGGUGAUUUUAUAAAAUUUAAAUAAAAAAUUUGCUUGUCGAGGCCAUGACGAGGCAUGACGAGUCUGUUGCAGAUUCAGAACGAGUUCAUCUACGUUUGAUUCGUUGUUGCAGUCGGAAAUAAAUUUAUAUUGGUGGGGGGAUGCCCAUUGUUUUUCUUUGUCUUUGUUUAUAAUUGCCACGAAUGUUCCUACAACAUGAUGUAUUUUGCGAUGUUUAAACAUUAUAUUGACUUCGACUGCGCUUGUGCAUAUGAUGCAAAAUUUUAAAAUGCCAACCGACCUUUCGGCAAAUGCUGGUUCGUCUCCCCAACAAGGACUAACUGCUUUCUGAAGGUCGAAUGAUGCCGAGUUGUAACCAAUGGUCAAAUUCAGUCUUGCCAAUAGAAAGACGAUCAGAGCCAAGACGAGUUGGAGGAGCAAAGACGGUAGCUGUGAACUUUGAUGUUGUGAUGAAAUAUACAGAUAAAUAUACUUACAGUGAAGACCAGGGUGGGUAGUCAAGAAAUUAUCCCGCCUAGGCCGGGUACCGUGCUCAUAGCCUAUGCGAAAAUGUUUAUCCCUUUUACUGAGACCUAACUUGACUCAGUGGAGAUCCCGGUUGAAAUGUCAGCGCUCCUUUUCUAACAAAAUUCCUUAAUACAUUCGAGUUUGUUGGCUUUAUCAUAUUGUUGAAUAUAGUUUCGUAAAUAAGUAUGAUCAAUGGACCAAGGACUGGGUUUGUUCCACACUUAGAAAGUAGUGAAGUUGUGUCUAAGCAAUCUUUUGUGGUACAUCAAAACUAUGGACACACGCUUUUUUGUAAGAAACUGUUUAUAAGAAACUAUUAAUUGUCGGAUAUAUAAAAUAUGACAACACAUGUUUAUACAGACAAAUUUUGAUCUGCAGGAGUUUUCUCGUGAUGAUCUGGGUUUAUAUUCUUCCAAAAAAAUUCAACUUCAAAGCAAUAAGGUAACUUUAGGUCCCGAAAAUUAGAAACCAAUUCAAAAACAUUUAAUUCUAAAACAUCAAAGUUUGGAUGACAAAUUAAGAAACGUUUAGUGCCUAGUGCUGAUCCAAGUCUCUUUUAAAAGCGUUUAGGGUUGUUGCUACAUUCAACGCUUAUAGAAUUACACUCCAUUCCCAAAAAUAUUCGAACGGUUGAGCAAAAUCAUCCGCCUUAGCCUUACUUGUGUGUGAAAAAUUUUUAUCGAAAUUUGACCAGAUAAUGAAACUAUAGCGCAAGAAAAUGAGGAAAAUGAAAAACGAGCAAAAUGAAAAUUCCGUUCGAAUGUUUUUAGGCAUGUAGGGUUGGAGCAAAUAGAGUAAUAGACUUUAGUAGUUCUUACAGUUUAAAUAAAGAUUCAAAUUUCAUUCGUUCAUACAGGGAAUUCUUCGCAUAUCCUACAGCUUUAAAAACUUUUGUUAGUCUUAAAAAGUUAAUUUGUGUGUUUGUUAUCUAUUUUAUUUUAGUUUAAAGUUACGUUUUUCUUUUUUGUAACUUAGUGCAUAGUAACUGAUGAUAUUGUAGCAUACAAGCGAGGCUAACGCGAGGCAACACUGAGUGUGACUUUAGAUCGCAAGAUGGAGUACUUGCCUUUCCUCAAUAGCGACGAAAUUGAUGAUUUUCAAACAGACAAAAGGCGAACAAGUGAUCUAAAAAAUGAAAAGGCUUGUCAUGACAAAUAUACACCUCUUCAUGUGAAAAGCGAGUGGUUUAAAAAUAAACAAUUUUCCAACCAAGAUGAAGAGUUGACAAUGACAAAAUUUGGAGCACACAUUGCUUUCCUAAAUGAAGAUUACCAAAAGUCUAUGAAUUUGUAUAGGAGGUGCAAGGAAAUUUUACCAUCAAAUGCAAAUUUACUGCUCCGAGAGGUAUGUGAAUCUGAGCUGCGAUGCCUCUUGAAACUGGAAAGGUACAAAGAAGCACAUGAGAGCAUAAACAUGUUGUUGGAAGAAAAAGGAAAUCCUCAAGAUUCUUCACUAUAUUCAAUGCUGGCUGAUGUCUCUAUUGCAGUUGGGCAAUUUGAUGCCGCUGAAAGUUUACAGAAAUGUAUAAAUCUGCAUGCAGAUUAUGCUGUCUAUUGGAUAAAGGUUGCCAAUCUGUAUGAAAAACUAUCAAGGUCAAAGAAGGGUUUUCCAAAGCAUCAUAGAGUUGAUGAAGAUGGCCAGUCAACUGCAAGGAGUGGCCAAUCUUUGCAAUUUUCUGAGUACUUUUUACAUUCCUUCAUCACAAAAAAGGAUUUUCAAGUCGAACUAGUUAAUGGAAAAUGCAUGGCAGAAGGCUUCUUGCAUAUAGAAGAGAAAAAGUCAACAGGUGAUCGGUUUAGGGAUCUUGAAGAAACAUGUGACAACUGCAAAUUUUUAAUAUCGGAAUAUCAAUAUCGCAAUGAUAUUGGAAUAGACAAUUUUUUGGAUGGAAUUCAAGACUGUCUCUGUGAUAGGACACUGGACUGUCUUUGUUGCAAAUUUAUACAAAGUUGUUUUGUCAUUGGCUUGAAUGGUAGCAAAGUGUUCCAGUCUCUAGCAAGAACAUUUUUAAAACAGUUUGUUUCUAGCACAGAGUAUCAAGAUAUAUUUAAUGACUUGACAGAGGCCAGUGGUUUAGAAGAAAAAGCUGAGAUAAUCCAUUUUGUAUUUUGGAAAGUACUGAUGAAAAUCACUCAGUAUUGUGCUUACGGCAAAGCAUUCAUACUGCAACAAAAGUCUGUACAGUAUAGUAAAGGUUUCGUAAAAGAUGCAGAAUAUAAAGAACUUAUAAAAAUUCAGCAAGCAUUGUUAGACCUCACUGGUUGCAAGCAUCUGGCAUCAUGGUUGAUUUAGAUCUUAGAGAUCCCUUCUUCAUCAGAGAGGCAACCACAAGAAUCAUAGAAACUUUGUUCAAAAGGAUUUGUUAAACACCUGAGCAACUCUUUUUAUGAACUUGGUGAUUUUUAGUUAUGUCAGUCAUACAUCAUGUUGUUGACAGGUAUGUUUAAAAAAUAUGUCUAUAUGCUUAUUGAUGCCCCAGAGUGAGUCCGUUGUUGGUUUCCAAAAGGAAGAUGUGAAUAUCCAAGUUAUCUCUAGGCUUUUUAAUGUUAGUUACCGGCUUUUCAAAUAACUAGUAAAAUUCCUGCGCAUGUGUGAGUCAAGGUUAAUCUUAAGCAGUUACAAAUAUAUUUAGUAUUGCAAAUUGUAUCUCAAGAAAGUGCCUUUUGCAUAGCAAGUAUCUUUAAAUCUUAUGAAGAUCUCUAAGAGAAUUUUUUUGAAGUGUUUCAAACUUACCUGCAAAAAGCCAGAGGCUAGGACUUACUUUGCAAUCAAUUGAUGUCUGCCAUGGAAUCAAAAAUAUUUGGAACAGGAAAACCUUCUAUGCACCCAGUUUAUGUCUGAAAAUUCUCGUCAUGCCUGACACUGACCAAUAUAAGUUAUGUCUAUAGAUGUCUACCUAAGAAUGUUCUUGUUGUCUCAUCAAAGGAUGACACAAGUAUAUAUCACUCUACAAGUGAUGCCUUUUUAGCAAUUUGGUCUGUAUUUACAACCAAAGAUAUACAGGAACAAAGCAAUACGAUGACGAGAAUCCAAUGUCACAAGAUAAAAUUUUCAAAAUAAAUUCAAUUUAAAGAAUAUACUAUGAAUAUAUAAUAUAUUAUAUUCUUUAAAUUUAAUUUAUUUUGAAAAUAUUAUCUUGUGACAUUGGAUUCUCGUCGUCGUAUUGCUUUGUUCCUGUAUAUCUUUCAUAACAACACUCAUUGCAAGAUUCACAGAAUCCGGCGGACAGCCUAUCCUGCGGUUCUUCCUUCUCACUUUUUACAACCAAACCCUGAGAGUUUAUGACUUAAAACACCCCAAUGGAAGAGAGAAUCUGUCUCAUAGUUGUAGAUAAUGUUGUUUAGCUAACUCUUUGCCCUAACUUUUUGCAGAAAUUACCAGGAAUUAUUUAUUCAUGUAUGUUGCAAUAAGUAUGUAUUUAAAAAUCAACUUCUUGUUCAUGGACAUUCAAGGCAUAUCAGUAAAUUGAUUGUUAAUUAUACGUUCAAUCUUUGAUUCUGGAUCCUCCUGUAUGAUGGAAAAAAAUUCUUACGAAAUUCUUUCUUAGGGUGGAUAAGGUGUAUUAGGGCCCAACACAGAUGUUACCAUGUGAAAUAUCAAUUAUGACAAUUCA